AUGGUUGUGCCCCGCGGGGGAGGCCCGGCUCACCACCCGGAAUCCAUUGCACCGCAUCAGCCGCCGACCACAACCGCUGCCACCGCCGAGCCCCCUCACUGGGGCUACGGACCGUGGAGUUCGAUGCCUGCGCCGCCACCGACUUCCCGUCACCAUCACCAAGGCGUCAAAAGGCAUUUCAACGAGAGCGACGAUUGCGACGAUGCAUUUUCCGAGGAGUCUAGCAAAGACCAUUGUUCUUCUCCCGGAGACGGUACCGAAACACCCCACAUGCUCACCCGGAAGAAACGCCGGGGCAUCAUCGAAAAGAGGCGUCGUGAUCGCAUCAACACCAGCUUGUCCGAACUCAGACGACUUGUGCCCACAGCGUACGAAAAACAGGGUUCGGCAAAAUUAGAAAAGGCCGAAAUCUUACAACUCACAGUCGACCAUUUAAAAAUGAUUCACGCAAAAGGUCUGGACACGUUGGCAUACGACCCAUCUAAGUACGCAAUGGACUACCACAACAUCGGGUUCAGGGAAUGCGCUACCGAGGUAGCCAGGUACUUGGAGUCAGUGGAGGGCAUGAACGGCCGGGACCCGCUGCGCGAACGGUUGCUGUCACACUUGCAGUACUUUGCGGCGCAGCGCGAGUACGCGGCCAAGUCGCCGGCCGUUGCUGGACACCACAACGCCCCGCCACCACCGCCAAGUUGGUACGGCGGUCAUCACGUCGGGGCACCGCCACCGCCGCCACCACCACCACCGCCACCGACACUUCCACCGGCGCACCAUUACCCGUCGACGACUUCGCCUCACCAUUACCCGUCGACGACGUCGCCGCACCAACAACAACAACAGCAGCCGCCACCUUUGACCCUUCCUCCACCGCCGCCGCCGCCCAGCCACAACAAUAAUAAUUACGAGACGUCAGCGACAGCCGUGGACGGUAUCAAGUCAGCGGCGGAAGCGGAAGCAGCCGGUCUCACCACCCUGUCGUCCGUCCCGGCGGACUAUCACCAUCACCACCACCAUCACCAACAGCAGCGACAACACGAACAGCAGCACCACCACCGCAGUCGCGACGACUACCAGCACCAACACCAGCACGGCGGCGGUGCCGGCAACCAAUUGCACAACUUGCAACCUGUUCAACCGCCGCCGCAGCCGCCGUCGGGCUAUCACGAAGCUGCCAUGCACCAACAGCACCACCAACAACAACAGCAACAACAACAAUACCAAUCCGAUUCAUCCGUUUCCGCACAGAUGAAACCCUACAGGCCAUGGGGCGCUGAAGUAGCGUACUAA